UGUAACUAUUAAUAAGUGAAAAAUAUUUUGAACAUCAAAAUAUUGCAAAAUGACGUGGAGUUAAGUUGUAAUGUAGUUUUACAACAAUACUAGUAUGAAAUGAAUAUAUUUCUGAUAGUAAUAUCUAUUUUAUUGAGUAUAAUAUGUGCACUAGUCGCAUUAUUACAACAUUAUUAUUUUUUCCACGAAUUAUACAGGAGGCCAUCCUUAAAAUAUGAUGUAUCAGUAUUCGAAGAUCUAAUCCCAUCUGAAAAAGAUGAUAAGUAUCGUGGUCAUAAUUUUCCCUUACAACCGAAAAAUGACGAUACCAACACUGAUUUUGUAUUAAGUCAUAUGAAUUAUGCUUUGGAAUCACAGAGCAAAUAUUCUGUUACUGAAAGAUAUUCAUCACAACAUGCAGAAACAUCCCAACAUGAGGUGGACAAUGCUCUACAGGCAGCUAUAGCAUUUCAAGUAACAGGAAAAACUUUCAAAGCCCUAAAAUUAUUUUUAUAUGCUGCUACACUUGCUCCUCAAAAUGCAGAUGUCUUGAAUACAUAUGGAGAAUUUUUGGAACAACUUGAUGAUAUAGUGACAGCUGAUGAAUUAUAUUUCAAGGCAUUGACCCAUUCCCCUAACCACAAAGCUGCUCUUACAAAUCGUGCUCGUACAGCCCCACUAGUAGAAGGAUUGGAUUACCAAUUAUUUAAAGACAUUGAUGAAAGAAAUAACUACUUAAUAAAUCAGAUGAAAGUAGACACAUUUGUUUCAAUGAAAACACAGGCUUUUUACUUACAUAUUUACCAUACAGUGGGUAUUGAAGGAAACACAAUGACGGUAGAACAACUAAAAUAUCUUUUAGAAACAGGACAAGUUGUGGAGGGUAAAAGUCUAAUGGAACAUAAUGAAAUUUUGGGAUUAGAGAAAGCAAUGCUUUAUAUAAAAUUAUUAAUCAGAAUUGAAUUUAUAGGGUUAGAACACAUUUUGGGAAUCCAUAGAAGAGUAAUGGGACAUGUGGAUCCACUUGGUUCUGGAAUGUUUAGAAAAGAGAAGGUAUAUGUUGGAAGUCAUGUUCCUCCGCCACAUGGUGAUGUUCCAGCUUUAAUGGAAAUAUUCGUUCAAUGGCUUAACUCAGAGGAAGCUCUAAGUAUGCAUCCAGUUCGAUACGCAGCCCUGGCUCAUUACAAAUUAGUUGAUAUUCAUCCAUUUACUGAUGGAAACGGACGCACAAGUAGAUUACUUAUGAAUCUCCUUUUUUUGAGAAGAAACUAUCCUCCAGUAAUAGUGCUCAAGGAACAAAGGCAAAAAUAUUACGAUGCUUUGAAAACUGCCAACAUGGGUGAUGUACGACCAUUUGUGAGAUUCGUGGCUCGAUGUACUCUUAAAAAUUUAGAUAUGUACAUAUAUACUGCGAAAUAUUUAUCUUCUCAAAGAGGAAUAGACAGCGACGAUACUAAAAAAAUUAUUGUUUCCAAUUAAUUUAUUUACAAUAAAUUUUUAUGCACGUGAUAUUUCCCAGAAAAUUAUUAUGUUGUAAGUCCAAUACAAUAUAUAUCUAUAUAUAUACACGCACACCUCACACACACACGAACAACACACUCACACCACACACACACCACACACACACCACACACAUACCACACACACACCACACACACACCACACACACACACACCACACACACACACCACACACACACCACACACACACACGCACUCCACCCGCACACCACACACACACACGCCACCACACACACACGCACUCCACCUGCACACCACACACACACGCACUCCACCUGCACACCACACACACACACACACACGCACUCCACCUGCACACCACACACACACACACACGCACUCCACCUGCACACCACACACACACACACACACACACACACACACACACACACACACACACACGCACUCCACCUGCACACCACACACACGCACACAUUACCCUGAUUUUAGAUCUCCUUCAAUUGAAAUUUUGUUCCAAAACAGAUGAAAUCUUGACCACAUCAAAUAAUUUGUUGUUAUAUUAACUCUUAGUUAAGUAGGAAUAUUCAUUCAAAUUAUUCAUGGCUAAUUAUAAUAGAAUUAUAAAUUUUGCUUAUAAUGUUUAGGUCUUUUUGAGAACAACUGUUUGAGGACCGCAGAGAUCGAAACGUCAAAUUUUCACCUGUCUUUGAAAAAACUUAUUUUUAAUCAGUAGAGACCUAAAAUCAAGACGAUUUAGAAAUUUAAACAUGUCAUAAGAUUUAGGAUAUCAGAAAUUAAAGUAAUUUACACCAGCUGUACAUUGGUAAGUACUGACCAAUGUACCUCUUGUCACAAUUUAAACAAAGAAUUUCAUAUACUACGAGGAUAUAUUGAAAAAUUUUCAACCUACUAUAGAACCAAACAAAAUUUCGAUGUCAAAAUAUUUUUUUACUCAACAUAUUCUCCUCACAUUUAUUACAGCGAACCUGCAACAUCUCUAGACCUUUAAAAAAAAUGUUUCUUCUUGCUCUGCAAACCAGACCUCCACAGCUUUUAUCACCUCGUUGGAAGAAAAUUUACGACCUUUUAAACUUUUUUUCAGUUGAGGAAAGAGAUGAUAGUCGGACGGAGCCAAAUCUGGUGAAUAAGGGGGGUGUUCUAGUAAUUCAAAGCCUACAUCACGAAUUUUUUUCAUGGCAACAUGAGAUUUGUGUGCAGGGGCAUUUUCCUGCAAAAACAAAACAAUUUCGGAUAGCUUGCCGCGUCUUUUCUCUUCAAUUUUUUCCCGUAGACUGGUCAGUAAUGUCGAAUAGUAAUCUCCAGUUAUUGUUCUACCCUUAUCCAAAAAACCAAUUAUGAUUACUCCAUGACAAUCCCAACAAAUGGAGGCAAGAUUUUUUCCAGCAGGUUUUUGGACACGAAACUUCUUAGGUCUUGGAGAACCAGAGUGUCGCCAUUCCAUCGAUUGUUGCUUUGUUAUUGGAUCCUGGAAAGGUACCCAAGUCUCAUUCAUAGUAUCAAUUCGGUAUAAGAAGUCUACAUCGUUUUCAAAUCGAGCACAGAUCGAACGCGAUGCUUCUACCCUUGCAUGCUUUUGGUCAACAUUCAAACAUUUGGGGAUCCAUUUUGCAGCAGUUUUUCUCAAGUCCAAAUUGACGUGAAUUAUAUGAUGAACGCAUUCGUAUGAAAUAUUUAAUGCUUCAGAUAUCCGUUUUAGCCCAAUUCGACGGUCUGAUAUAAUCAUGUCAUGAACUGCAUCGAUAUUUUUGGGGACUGACACAGAAACUAGCCUUCCCGAUAGGUCAUCAUCUUCGAUGGAAAAUUUACCUCUUUUGAAGCUUCCACUCCAAAUUUUCACGGUCGCAUACGAAGGACAUUGAUUACCAAGGGUAUUAAGCAUAUAUUCGUAAAUCUGCUUACCUCUUAAUCCUUUUAAAUACAGGUACUUGAUAAUGGCUCGAUACUCCAAUUUUUCGAUUUUUACAAUUUCGGUGGACAUCUUAUUUCUUUUAAUUUAUUGCGCAACUCUGGUUUAUUUAUUUGACGUCAAACUUUACACUGACACUUCUAAUAAGUUAUUGUUCGUGGCUAUGGUAACGCAAUAUUUUGUUUUUGCAUGUAACUGGUCUUGGCUAACUAGAUAUCAAUACAUCCUCGUAUUUUAGUCAAUUUAUUGGUUGGUGUUCUAUCUUUUAUUUUAGUAAAACUAGAUUGAAUAUUGAGGGUUUAACUGAAUGCUAUUUUAAUACUGUUUUGUUUAAAGAUAUAAAGGUGUGUAAAUAGGUGAGAAGAUGUCAGGCCCUACACUAUCAAGCGGCUUGAUCAAAUGCUUGAGGCUCCGAUUGAUGGACGCUUCAAGCGUACUUCAAUCAAUACUUCAAUCUUUUGAUCAAAACUCUCAGUCGAAGCUGAAAAGUGGAGGAGUGAGGAGCGUAUAAUGGUGUCAAAUGUAGAUUUGGGCUUCCUGGCCUUAACAUUGGUUGCUGUGAAGGGAAAAAACCACAAAAAGAAAUAAAGACGGUGGUCUAAUGACUGGUAUAAAAUGAGGAACCGCUUCACUCAUCAACAUUUCCUUAUUUUUCUGAGUGGUUCGAAACCAGAGGAUUACAGGAAUUUUCUACGCAUGGACCAAGAAAGUUUCGAUAAUCUACUCGAUUUAGUCCCCAAAGACAUCGAGAAGAAGGAGACGAAAAUGUGUGAGGCGAUUCCUACAAGUCAGAGAUUGAAGUACCUAACACCUGGCAUGGAUUUAGAAGACCUGAAAUUCGCCAUUGCUCCGAAGACUCUGGAACUCAUCAUUAUAAAAACUUGCUCUGCAAUUAUCAUGGCAUUGAAGGAAAACAUUCAAGUAAGAAAUUAUUGCCCAAGUAAAUCUCUUCAUAUUUUAAGAAAGGAAAAAAAUGUACAAAUAACUGCACUUUACGAAUAAUACAGAUACCGCACAGGCAAUGUAAAUUAUUGCUGAACUGAAAAGAUUAGGGCACAAGUCACAUUGAGGUAAAUGAGGGGAAGAACGUAGCAGCAUUAUUUUCAUCAGACGGUUCGUCUGAAUGGUAUGAAGGGCUUUCACUUGGAUGCGAAAUGUACAGCGUCUGCCCUGGUUGGAGUACUUUUGCCUACUAUUUAUUGAAGAUAACGAUGAAGUUGGCGAGAGUGACCAACAAGGAGGGUGGGUUUGGAAACGCACUCUUUCCCUUGUUAAGUUGCCCAUUUCUGCUCCAAGAAGCGUGUCAUUUAUGAGUUUUUCAGCGAAGCAUCGUUGGUCUGGAGUUACCUUUUUUAAUUUCAUAGCCUAUCCCUUAGCCAGAAUAUCUUCUUCAGUCUCAGGUCGCAUGAAAUAUUCAGUCGCUAGUCUCACUAAUUGUUUUUUUACCCGUCUUUACAGGGAUGGCUGGUUUGAAAGUUGGGGGUGUAACUACGCCAGAAGGAGACCCUACACUUUUGAAACUGAGUUGUGAUUGCGAGUCUUCAUCCGGAGUCGGUUGCUGUAACAAAAAUCAAAUACAAUGAAGCUUACAAACUUUAAUUACUACCAUGCGUUACAGAGCCACACGGAUUUUUCCCGAUCGGUUUUUCUGACGGACGAGUUUGAAAAAACUAUGCGGCUUCCCGACAUGGUGUAAUAUAGGCAUAAUAGUAAUUUAAUAAUUAAAUUCCUAUUUACACUAAGUGUUGAUUGUUCAUAAAAGGGUUAUAAUGCAAUUUUCGUUUUUUUUUUUCUCUUCUAGGUUCCAAAAUCGCAUGAUGAAUGGAAACGGGUUGCUCAGAAAUUCAAAGAAUAGUGGAAUUAUCCCAACUGUCUGAGAAACGUUGAUGGUAAACACGUAUCAAUCCAAAAACCUCGCCAUUCUGGGUCCUACUAUUACAAUUACAAAGGUUCUUUCAGCAUUGUGCUUUUGGCAAUUGUUGAUGCAAAUGGGCGAGUGUCAGAUGGGGGUGUGUUGAAGAACACAUUAUUUUGGCACAAGUUGUCUCAGAACUAACUUGACAUGCCUGAUCUUCGUGAGUUAUCAGACAUUAUGAGAAAUUUUCGUACGUCUUUAUUGGAAAUGAAGCAUUCCAACUUCUCCCUCAAUUCAUGAAGUCCUACAACAGAGCUGUUUUGACGAACAAGAAAAGGAUUUUCAACUAUAGACACUCCCGAGCCAGAAGAGUUUUUGAAAAUGAAUUUGGUAUAUUAACAUAGAGAUUCAUAUAAUUUUAAAAUGCCAUUAAAUUUGAACCACGGAAAGCUGUGAAAAUUGUAAUGGUAUGUUGCUAUUUGCACAACUACUUAUGCUCAAAGAACAGAGCCAAGUAUUUACAACCUUAGGAUAUUGACAGAGACGAUAUUGUGAUUGGUGUUGUGGAACCUGGGUCAUGGAGGCAAGACAUUCAAGAGAUGACAAAACUUCAAAGAACCAUAGGUAAUUCUACAGUUCAGGCAAAAAAAUAAGGGAUGACUUCUGCAAAUUUUUUUACCACGUCUGGGUCAGUUCCAUGGCAAAACAAUUGCCUUGUGUCACAUGACUUGUGAUAUACAAUAAUUGUAAAUACUGUAAAAAAAAUAAAAUAAAAUGGAAUAAAAUUCUUA